AAACAAGAGAGCAUAUACGAGUGAGGGAGAGAGAUAGAGAUAGCGAACUUUAUUCGCGCAUUAAUCAAUCGAUUGGAAAAAAGAGUUGCGCGUGUGUGUUGGUGUGUUUGUGCGGAAGAACAUUUACGUGUCAGUGGUCUGACAAAAAAGGCUGACUUUUGACACUCAAAAGACACUUACCGUCCAAGUGAAAGUGUCCCUGCAGUGUAGCAGUGUUUGUACUCGUCACGCGUGUGUGCGUGUUUGUGUGUGUGUGUGUGGAAAAAACCAAAACAAAACAAAACAGAAACAAAAUGGAUUACGCAAAUAUGGUGUCCGAAUCGGCAGGGUUGAACGGCAAACUACAGUCCUCGCUGGAACCGCUGUCCCGCACGUACCAGUACCGGAAGGUGAUGAAGCCGAUGCUGGAGCGCAAGCGGCGGGCCCGCAUCAACCGGUGCCUGGACGAGCUGAAGGAGCUGAUGGUGUCCGCCCUGCAGUCCGAGGGCGAGAACGUGGCCAAGCUGGAGAAGGCCGACAUACUCGAGCUGACCGUGCGCCACCUGCACAAGCUGCGCCGCCAGCAGCGCCUGGCCGCCAACCCGGUGCUGGAUGCGGACCGCUUCCGGGCCGGGUUUACCCACGCCGCCAACGAGGUGUCGCGCUGUCUCGCAUCGACGCCCGGCGUCGACAUCAAGCUCGGCACCAAGCUGAUGACGCACCUCGGCCACCGGCUGAACGAUCUCGACAAGGUGUCUCCGCUAUCCGUGCACGUGGAACCGGCAUCCGGUGCCGGCAGUCCCGGUGCCACCCGCAGCCCAUCCGCCUCGCCACCGAUCUCCCCGUUCUCGGCCGCCUCGUCCACCGCGGGCGAUGUGCCGAUGUACCAGAUGCCGCUAACGCCCCAGUCGUACCGCAGCGAAGAGUCCGGCCUGUUGGCACCGUCGACGACACCGUCGCCGAACCCGAGCGAGUGUGACGAACACCAGACCGGUGGGCUGCUCAAGAUCCAGCAGUCCGGCGAAUCGGUCUGGCGGCCGUGGUAGAACGCGCACUAGAACGCGCACCCCACGUCAAUACCACAUGGAAAGGAAACCAAAUCACAAUUCGCAUCCAUCGAUCUCAAUCCGGCAAACGGUACGCGGCGCAGUACGGCACGGCACGCAGAAGCAAGCGAGUAGUGGAGGGAGGAAGACAGCAGGAACGGUUUGCAGCUUUAAAUAGUGUUUUAGGGAAUGUUUGUAGUGUGUAAGCACGUACGCCCAACUACGGGUGAGGCGCAGUUUAAGCUUAAGGGCCAGUGAGUGUGUUUUUUUUUAUUUGUAUCUUCGAGAGGAAGGAGGUGUAUUGUUUUUUGCUUUGUUCUUGUUAGUUGAAUUUGUUGCGAAGAACAAUAUUCAUUGUGAUAUUAAUGUGUACAACCGGAGGACAGCGCGCAGUAGUUUCUGUUGUAACGAUGCAUUUAAAACACGGACACGGUUUGCGUCAACGCACAGCAAAAGGCCCAGUUUAGAGUUUAGGAAAACGCGAGCGAACGGAGAGACACGCGAAAGACUUGUAAUGACAAGGUGACAGGAGCGGUCAGGGUUUUGUUUCAAACUAAUGUUAGGACAACGUGACGGAACGAGUAGAAGUAGAAGGAGAAGAUAAAAAAUUGCAAAGAUUUCCCUUCCGGAAGUUUGGCCAGCGCCGCUUCCGGAGCAUGAUGCAAUUUCUGUGAUUUCAAACGUAAAACAGUAACAAAACAAAUCAAAAGCAAGGAGGCAAGGCCAAGCAGAAGGAGGGGGCCCGAAAUCGCAGCUACAAUACAAUGAUGAUGAUCAAUCUUAAAAAAAAAGAAAAAAAAAAACAACAUGUUGAACAAA